AUGGCGAUGUAUAAUAGGCGAGCGCUCUUGGUGAUUUUGUUGUUUUUGGAUUUGGUGUUUCUGUGCGUCAUCGCCGUGCUGCUGACACUUAAUCGGGGAGCAUGUGUUAGCAGGGUAGAGGAUGAAACGUGUGUGUGUCCGGUGACGUCAGAAGAAGAAGAAUAUGGAGUAAGGGCACCCCCUCCGCCUCCAGACCCAGACGUAAAGUUGAUGGAAGAUUUCAUCUUGGGUGAAAUGAAAACUGAAGCAUUAUCGGAGGAAAAAGAGGAAUAUUUGCGACGUAAGAUUGAUAGUUUCCGCUUGAGGUGUUCGUGCCCGAAGCCACCGAAAUGGCUGUCGAAGUCAGACGUGCACAUACGGCGCAUUCGAGAAGGCAGGAAGUUAGAGUACGAAAAGAAACGAAGACAGGCACCCCUGGUGAUGUGUCCGGCUAUGUCGCCUCUCAGUUACCUUGGCAGCGGGGUCAAAGUUGAACCUUUUCAAACGGUUCCUGUUGCCGGGCUGUCGCUCCAUGAAACCGUGGUGGAGGUUUUUAAAGAAAUGGUUACGGAUGUUCGAUUCGACAUUCGAUCUGCUAAACAGCUCGGGGUGCUAUUUAUUGACAAUUCAACUUUGUCUGAACUAGAAUCGUUCGCUCGCGUCACCGGAUACAAUACUGACACUUUGAGCAUCACCGUUUUCGGCCAAAAUAUUGAAUUUCUAAACACCUUUUUAAAACACAUAAAUUACAAAAGCACCAAGUUUCGUAUUGAUGAACACGAUAAACUUGAGUUGAAUAUUCUUGGCUCCACUCUCAAUGUAUUUGUUCACAUCCGACGAGAACCACUGCCCGAUCUCUUUGAUCCGGGUCCUGGCAAUGACGUCAUCUCCGAGCAAGUGACGAUCAUAACAAAAACAUUCGAACGCUACGAUUGUUUGCAGCGAUUGGUUAAGAGUAUCCGCCAGUUUUACCCGAAUAUCCGAAUAAUCAUCGCGGACGAUUCAGAGUUUCCAGAAAUCAUAAACGAGCCGAAUAUCAGACACUUAACCAUUCCAUUCCGUGAUGGCUGUUUCGCGGGGCGGAACCUAGCAUUGAGCCAGGUCACAACUAAAUACGUCUUAUUCGCCGAUGACGACUUCGUGUUCACUAAUGAAACCCGUCUGGAACGAAUGAUGGAAAAAUUGGAUUAUUUGGAAUCGGAAAUAGAUAUUGUAACCGGCCCUAUCGCCCAUUUACCGACGCUAAACUAUAUAUUCAAAUUCGCUGAGGAUCACGGGAAGGGUAUAUGUGCUAUGGGAAUGAUGGCUAUUGAUCAGGAACAGCGAAAAGUCGCGGGUUUCCCACAAUGCUAUUGGGGCGAAAUGCUGAAUAAUUUCUUCAUGGCCAGAACAUCGGUUUUACGUCGAAUCGGUUUCGAUCCCGGAUUUAUUUACGCGGGGCACGAAGAGUUCUGGUUGGAUGCUGUCGGCAAGGCGCGUAGCAUAGCUUGUUACGAUGUGUCGGUUGGACACGACCACACAGAGACGGAGAAGUACGGGCCGUAUCGAUUUCAAACAGAAACGAGAAGAAAAAGAGACCCUCAUUUGCUUUUCAGUAAUAAUCUGUGUUAUUGGAAAAACUGGGAAUUCGAGGAGAAGCCUGAAACGUUUUUGGAUCCAAUGAAAGAUAGGCAUUAA